AAUGCUGCUAAAUUCAAUAUAAACUGGUAGUGUAGACCAGGCCUCAAACUUUCCCAAGCCUGGUCUGAGGGCUGCCUGCUCGCUACAGUGAUAUUUCGUCCUCUUCAAAAGUUCCCUUGGGGAAGCUGUGGGAGAAAGAUCCCGUAGGGGCCAUGGCAAAGACCAGGAGCAGGUCUUGUGUCUCGGUGGUGGGGGUGGCUGUUGGCUUUUCCUCCACCCCAUUGUACUCCCCCGGGGGCUCCCAAGUCAGCGCCCACCCGUCUGGGAUUUAUCUUUCCUGCACAGACCUCUUCUCUUAACCUCCUUCUCCCCACUUCAUCCCUAUAGCAUCUGCCUCACCUGUACUUGCGCUGCCGAGCGAAGGGGCCGGGUAGAAAUGCCGAGCAGCUCACCGAGAUGAGGGUGCAGCUGCCCCUGGCGCUGGAGCGGGGUGGAGGGAGGGAGGGGGAGACGCUCCCAGCGGCUGGGAUACACCGGGGGAGAGAGAAUGAGGAGAGGAGCGUUGCCCACACUACAUGAGGUAGCAGUUUAACACAAUAGCAACUUCUAACAUCUGUGAGUAUCGGAAUGUGCUGCCGGUAGCACAUUCCUAGAGGAGCAGUAGCCUUCACGGAGAGCAAGGACACACACACACACACAGGCGGAGAGCAAGGACACGGCGGAGAGCAAGGACACACACACACACACACACACACACAGCUGCACCCAGAGUCAGGCGCCCCACGCCCAGUGCCUGAGACAAAGUGACGGAGCAGAGGGCACAGACACCGCGUGAGAAGCAGGCACCGGGGCUGAGAUGCACAUGGGAGAAAGACAGAGGGGCCGAGAGGAGACAGGCCCCCCCACACACACUGACCGAAAGCGGGAUGCGGAUACACACGCACACACACACACACACGCAGAUCAAAAGACAGAGACAUACUGAGACUGUGACAGACACACCUCAGGGACUGGCAGUCACAUACCGAAAGAGGCUGAUACACACACAAGGUGUCCGAGCGAGUUACACACACAGGGUGGUCACACACAGACGGCGAUCUCACGGGGUUACACACACACGGCGAUCUCACACACACAUAGGAUGAUCUUACACACACAGUCAGGGUUAUCACACACAGGGUGAUCGCACACACGGCAACCACAAUCACCCGCACACAGCGAUCUCUCUCACAGGGUGAUCUGUCUCUCUCUCUUUCUCACACCCACACACCCACACCCACACACCCCUCCAGUGACAGGGAGAACGCCAGGCUCCGCUCCGCGCGGAAUCUGAGCGCAGCAGCAGCAAACCCGCCCUGGGUCUGGUCCUUUUCUCUCUCUCUCUCUUUGUCCGUUUGGUGAAACCGCACCUACCUAAGCCCUGAAAAAAUGCCUGCCCGUGAAGCGAGGAGAGGGCGCCGGGUCUGUAAAUAAGAAUAUGAAAUGUUGGAGCGAAAAAUGGAUGCCCUACUGAGUCAUCAGAGACAAUUUGUCGAAAAGAAUCGUCUGUCCUUAGAACAGAAAAUAAAAGAAAAGGAAAAGGAAGUGUUUCGUCAGCUACAUGACUUACUGGCAGAGGAUCUGCAGUGCGAACAGAUAAAGCAGGACUUGCAGCAAGCCAAUAAUACUCUACAGGCAGAACUCGACAAAGAAAUGAAGGAGAAAAACCUUCUUUCCCUCCAGUCUGCUCAAAAAUCAGAAAAAAUCCAUCUUCUGGAAGAAGAACUGAAGACAAUCAGACACUUUCUGAAGGAGACGCAGAAUUAUGCGGAAGAGAUGAAAAAUAAGAAUUUGUCUCAGGAAAUACAAUUAGAAAAGAAACAAGCAGAGACUCGAGAUUUAGAGGGAAAAAAUCAGGAUUUGAUCCAGCAACUUGAGAAAGUGCAGUCAGACUUGCAAUUUAAACAAGCUGAGAUUGCCCAUCUACAAAAUCUAUCUUCAGCUGAGUUGCGUUGUUUAAAACAGGAAAUGUUAAACAUCAAGGCAGAGCAAAAGAAACUGCAAGAACAACAUAACAUCUUGCUUCAAGAAAAUGAGCAACUGAGCAAGGAAAUGAAGGGGAAAAACCUUCUUUCCCUCCAGUCUGCUCAAAAAUCAGAAAAAAUCCAUCUUCUGGAAGAAGAACUGAAGACAAUCAGACACUUUCUGAAGGAGACGCAGAAUUAUGCGGAAGAGAUGAAAAAUAAGAAUUUGUCUCAGGAAAUACAAUUAGAAAAGAAACAAGCAGAGACUCGAGAUUUAGAGGGAAAAAAUCAGGAUUUGAUCCAGCAACUUGAGAAAGUGCAGUCAGACUUGCAAUUUAAACAAGCUGAGAUUGCCCAUCUACAAAAUCUAUCUUCAGCUGAGUUGCCUUGUUUAAAACAGGAAAAGUUCAACAUCAAGGCAGAGCAAAAGAAACUGCCAGAACAACAUAACAUCUUGCUUCAAGAAAAUGAGCAACUGAGCAAGCUGGACAAUCUGAAGUCUAUAGUUGACCUGAAGAAGCAAAAUGUAUUCGCUCACAGUAAACUGAAGACAUGGAUGAAAUCCUGUGCUGAUGAGGUUGCCAUCUACCUACUUUCACUGACCCAGGACAAUGAGCCAGAGUAUGAGCCGGACAAACUCCCAGAGGUGGUCAGAAAAGGGUUUGCUGAUAUUCCUACUGGAAAAACCAACCCUUAUGUUUUGCACAGAACAGCGCUAAACCUAAGGACCAGUCCCCAUCUUGCUGCUCAAAGCCACAAAUUGUCACCAUAUGACCAAAGUUUACAAAAUGGCAGGUCAGAUAAUCUUGCGGAGAUCUCUAAACUGGCAGCUGGUGGCAGCACAUCACCAAAGGUAGAUGAUACUCAGCAGUGCCAAGCGGAAACAACUAUUGAACCCGUGGAAUCUCGUUCAAGAUCUCCUCUUUGCAUGAAUAAGCAACCCCCAAAAGCUGUUGCUGAGAACUCUAGGGAGAAUCUCAACACACACCAAGACAGAUGUUCCUUGAGCACACAAAAACUACCCGAUCAAAGUGAACAAGACAAAAACUGUAUGGUACAGUAAAGCUGAGUAGUAUAAGGGCCCUACCAUGAAUCAAACCCUAACCCCACCCCUUGAUGCCUUAAACUCUGCCCCUUGACCCCUUAAACUCCGCCCACCUGUCACCAGAAGUCUCACUCUAGGGGGUAUUUCUUUCGGGGUCAAGAUGGCCACAUGACCGGAAGCAAGGUGUGUCAUGUGACCAUCCUCUACCAAUCAGGAAGGGUUGCAGCCGCUGGGGACCUCCCCGAGAGGAGAUUUGACCAAUCAGGGCAAGUUCCAAGGCAGAGUGACCCAUCUGAAAGUGGGUCAUGUGACCCCUCCAAGAACUCCGCCUACUUCCCUCUCCCAAUCAGGAUGGGGUUCACCCCGAUAGACCGCCCUGAGAGGAGACUUGACCAAUCAGAGUGAGUUCUGGGGCAGGGUGACCUGUUCGGAAGUGGGUCGUGUGACCACUCUAAGAACUCCUCCAAACACCCUCUGCCAAUCAGAGAGCAGCACUAUUACCCCAGACGUCCCAGCUCCGGGCAGAGGAGGCCAUCUCUGACCAAGGACACGUGUUUUAGAAAUUGUGGGAAGCCUACUGACAGGAAACGUGGACUCCUUUACCACCUCCUCGAGAACUUCGAACUUUGUUUUAACCCCAAGCACCUUUAGACUUGUGUGGAGAAAGCGCUACCUCAGUGACAGUUCCAAUGAGGACCCUUUGACUCAACCGUUGAUGGAUACGUUGGAAUCCGAUCCCGAAACCCUUACUAGGCACCCCGAUGAGUGUGACGGCCUCUCAUUAUUCACCUCCCAAAAGGUGGAAAAUGAUCAUGGCUUAGGGGAGUCACAGGCAGACACAGUGAGCGGAAAAGAUGUCACUCAGGUAAAUGAAUGAUUAAAAAGCAAUAGUCGAGGAUAGGGUGUAAUGGGGCUAAGAACCAGGGACUGCAUGAAUUAAAAACAAGCAAUGGGGUUCUUACAGUUUGUUUUCUGAAAAUCUCUCAACAGCUUGACGAUGCUGUGACAGUAACUCACAUAAGGCUUUAUGGAAAUAAUGCUUAGAAUGUGUUUUAUGCUACACAUGCCAUGUAACAUAUCUCCAUAAAGGUUAUAAUCUACUGAAUGCAUUAAUCCUAUACGUAUGCAUGUAUCAUGUAUUAAUUCAAAGUUAUGAAUGUUGGCUGUGUACUGGCUUGAUUUCUAAAGAACCUUAAUAGAGCAUUUGAUCAGUUCCUGGGGAAAGGAAUGUUGAAAUUAAGUACCUAAUCAAAAAACACUUAAAGUAUAAUGGAUCUUGGAAUGCUCCAAUCCACAUAAGAAGUCUACUUGAGGAAGUUCAAGAUAGCAUGUAAACAAAGGAUGCUCCCUGUAAAAACUGUGAGUCAUGCAUGGACAUGUGACUUGCCCAAGUGACUUCAAAACUCCAUCUUGGAGCUGGACUUUACACAGGAGUGAGGAGGGGCGUUGCCACCCACAAGAAAAAGUCUGUUUAAACCCCUGGGAGAACCCUUCAUUUUGUCUUUAGCUGUCUAAAGAGAGAGCCCUCCCUCCCUCUCCCCGAGAUACUUGAAAGAAAUGGGAGCAAAGGACAGUGACUGCAAG